UGCAGAGAGCGAACGUAAUAUGUAAAGGUGAAGCUGAUGAGCCUGUGUAAAACGUCGUGGGGAACUUGUACACUAUGUUUCUUCUUACAACGGGUUCUCCAACUCAAGCCGAGUCGCGGACCGCGUUGGCCUGACCUAUACCACGGCGGGCCGCAGCCCACGGCGAGUGACUUGUGAUUUCUGUGCGAGUUCCCACUGACCCAAGUAUUCCGCCACUGCCCGACAUCUCAUCUGAUCUUAUCGACCGCUUCAGACUAUACAUAAACAGAAGCGCCAAGAAAUGUCCAAGGAGGGAUCUCAUCCCACUCGCGGUCACUGGGGGAGGAGUGUGGAGUUCUUCCUCUCUUGUGCCUCGUCGUGCGUAGGACUCGGAAACGUCUGGAGAUUUCCAACCAUUGCGUACGAGAACGGAGGAGGAGCCUUCUUGAUUCCUUACUUGAUAGUGCUUCUAGUCAUCGGCCGUCCCUUGUACUACAUGGAACUGAUCUUUGGUCAGUUCAGUGGUUUGGGACACGUGAAAGCAUGGAAAGCGGUGCCAGCUAUGCGAGGCGUAGGCUAUGCCCAGAUGUUCACCAGUGUUUACAUGUCCAUCUACUACAAUUUCGUCAUCGCCAUCACAGUUCGUUACUUCGUUGCUUCCGUGUCGUCUUCUCUCCCAUGGACCGAGUGUCAAGACCACUGGUUUGAAGGAACCAACCCCCAACUCUCAUGCGACAGCUUCAACAUCAACGGACCUCCAGCUAACCGCACCGCGGAGCAAGUUAAUCUUACACUGGAGACCAGCAAUCUCAGAGUAUCAGUACCGGAGCUUUAUUGGAAGUACCGUAUCGCUCACCAGUCUGAGGGCCUGUGGGAUAUCCAGUGGAUGAGUUGGGAACUUGCUCUGUGCAUGGCAUUCGUCUAUGUCUUCUUAUCGAUCAGUGUCAUCAAAGGCGUCCAGACGCUUGGCAAGCUGGCGUACUUCACUGCUACCUUUCCAUACGCCGUGCUGAUUUCGCUGCUGGUCGUUGCCUGCAUGCAAGAGGGUGCCCUCGACGGCAUCAAAAGAUUCUUCAAACCAGAAUGGCACAAGCUUCUCGAUAUUCAGGUGUGGUACAAAGCCUGCGAGCAGUCCUUCUAUUCCUUAGGUGUUGGCUAUGGGUUCAUGAUUAUGUUUUCCGGUUACAAUGACUUCAAGAGGAAUAUCUACAGAGACGCCGUCCUCUUGAGCAUUCUGGACACCUUUACCAGUGUCUUGGCAGGCACCGUGGUCUUCGCUGUUCUGGGAGGUCUUUCUGCCAAACUGGGCGUCAACUUCAACGAGGUCAUCAAUGCAGUUGGAACAGAACUGGUGUUCAUCGUUUACCCUGAAGCGCUUUCCAAGAUCGAGUUUGUACCUCAGUUGUGGUCUGCGCUGUUCUUCAUCAUGCUCUUCACUCUCGGCGUCGGCAGCUCCGUAGCGUUCCUGGAAUGCAUCUUCACUGCAAUGAGAGAUCAGUUUCCUCUGCUACAGAGACGCAAAUGGAUUCUAGUGUUGCCCUCUGCGGUUCUUCUUUUCUUCUGCGGACUUCCUCUUACGACAGACGCAGGACAGUACAUCGUCAAGUUGCUGGACAACUACGGCGUUGCGACCGCGGCCUUUCUGUACGCUAUAUUGGAAAGCAUUUCUAUUAUGUGGAUCUACGGCAUCCGAAACUUUUCCAAGGACGCGGAGUUCAUGCUGGAGAGAAAAGUGGGAAUUUUUUGGAAAGUGACCUGGGCUGUUACCGCUCCUGUACUACUUACUGGUAUCUUCAUUUACGGUAACGUGCUGCUAUUCUUGGACGGCAGCAGUGGCGGAAAAGGAAUUCCUUGGUGGGGCAACCUCAUUGGCUGGAUGCUGGCUGCCAUGUGCCUUAUUCAGAUUCCUAUAUGGAUGUUUGUUGUGUUCGCAAAAACAAAAGGAGCCACACUGCUCCAGAAAGUGCGAAACAGCUUCAAGCCAGCCCAGGACUGGGGACCUCGUAAUCUCAAGACCAGAGAACAGUGGAGAGAAUUCAAAGACUGUGUCCACAACAACAUGCUUCGUCAACCCUACCAGAUAGCAGUGCUUCCAGAGAAAGCCGCACACACCAAUCCCUGCUUCGACUUCAAUGAAACCACAUUAUUUUGAGGAGUUCAUUAGACGACAGUGGUGUAAAUGAUGCAUCAAGCAAAUCAUCUCAGGACUAUCUACCGAAUUCACCGCAGUCUCACUAGCGGUCUUUAAUCAUCAAGAACUGUUGCGCACCGACGUGCAUACAGCGCUGUGUCCGUGUGUCUUCGAAAGAGAACAGCGAAUGCCCAGCACACUUCAUCAUCCGUGCGCCACAUGGAAGUUUCAACGCACGUGAACAUCCUGAAGAACAGCACGAUGCAGUACUUUUUAAAUAUCUUAUGUGUAUUAUUGUAAGUGAUCCGUGAAUUCGAUACAUGUUUUUAGCUCCGAAAUAGGCUACUGAUCGGAACAGUUUGACGUGCAGGAGGGUCUAUGUCCUUGAUCAAAGGUGACAGCUUCUGUCGUCAUCCGUUGAUCGUCCAUGACAUAAUCCUGAAAGUGCACAAGUACGGUGGUGUGUUUCAGCCAUGCCGUGACUAUAUGGACUGCGCUUGCUGAAACUAAACGUACCUUGCGAGCUUUCCCAGAAGAGGUCCCAGUGGUCGACGUUUUCUUCUCACCGGUCGCUGGAAAUUUGAUGGGUGUUAACCCUAAGGAGAAACGUGUACAUAUAGCGCUGUUUUAUCGCGUGACUGCCAUGUUUUUGUAUUUAUUCGUUUUGAACGAUAUGUAUGCUGAAAUACAUGAAUAUUGCAUCGAGA